UUUGUUGAUAUUGAUAUAUCACUGUUUUUUUUUUUUGAAUAAUUACAUGCUUUCAGAGUAAUAUGUUUUUAGCCAUCUGCAUCGAGAUUAUUGACUCAAAGUCCGUUGUAUUUGAAAUUACGAUUGCGUCAACUGUUUCGCGGAGCUCUUGUUUUCAAUGAUAGGCUAGGCCAAAGGACAUUCCACAGUCAUUAUCAGAUGACUAAUUCUUUGGGAGAAAACUAUUUGGCUGUUUUUUUUCAUGUGACCGGGGGAAAUAGGCUGUCUUCUAAUAAAUGUCACCGUUGCAUUGAGCUGCUAGCACUUCGUUUUCUUCUUUUAACGAAUGGUAUCGGGUGUCUUACCAGGACAAAGCUCAUUUGUUUGACAAACAUGAAGCCCUUGGCAUUGCUGACACUUCUGCUCAUUAUCAUGAGUGGUUCUGCAGUGGGACAAACAUUGAAAUCUAAUUUGACCGGCUAUAUUGGAAAGGAUGUACUUUUAUCAUGUACCUGUUCUAAUGACCGCAAAGAGUUGAUAUGGCAGAAAGGUGAGAGAGUAGUCAAUGCUCAUACGCAAGACAACAUCACCGUAGAUGAACACUUCGUGGGCAGGACCCAACUCUUCAUAAACAAGGAGAAGAGAAACUGUUCCCUGCUGCUCCGCCACAUCUCUACAACAGAUGCAGGAGUAUACACCUGUUAUGCUAUAGAAUAUGUUGACGCUGGCAUCUAUUUAACAGAGUCUACAGAAGUUAAUUUAAUAGUGGACAGCAUGCCUGAAACCAGUGGCCGAACUGAAGAAAAAUCUGUCACAGCUGUCUCUGUUAGUGUUCCCAUAGCGGUAGUGUUUAUACUGGCUGCUCUGCUUCUGAUCCUACUGAUGAGAAGACAACAUCGGACAAACAGGGACACUGAUUUACCCGCUGAGAAACCUAUGCUACAGAAUGUGUGAAGUGCUCUUGCUUGACAGUUUAAAGGACUAACUUCUAUGUUGUCAUGCAAGGUCCUUCACAACAACAAUGGACAAUAAGAGGCCUUAGCCCUAAACAAAAGCAUUUGCACAUGGGCGUUACACAGCAGUGCGUGCCGAUCCGUCUUGCUUCGAGACAGAUUAAUGUGCAGUCUUCAGUUGUAACACUGUUACUUGAUUACCACUGAAUUGUGAAUGCACUGUAAAUAUACAUUCAGUAGGUAUUACAGUUCUGUAAUUUGAUAAGAUUCUCCUUGUAGGAACUGUCUUUAUUCAUUCUUUGAAGAACAGAUGUAAUAGGUUUGGGACAUGCCGUUUAUAUUUUGCCUUUUCCUCUGUCUUUGAGACACACUGGUGGUCUCAAUCCUAAACAAGCUUUCCAAAUCAGUUUAUUUUAUUGUUCAUAUGUGUACAGUAAUCAUUUACUAAGAACUCAUCAUGUAAGCCUCUUUACAUUUACUCUUGUAUAGGUUGUUUUACUCAGCCUGUGCCGAUUUCAUUUAUGUGGAAGAAAUAAUAUGGCACUCCCUAUGGGAUUUAUUUGCUUUUUUUUACUGUACUAAAUUUCAUUUACUUUUAAAUGAAUUCUGUAAAGUGCUUCAAACCUGCCGAGGCAAUAAACCUUUUACUUAUACAGUU